CCUUCAACUGGUGGUGACGAAGUAACUAACAUGAAGUGGAGGGUCCCUCCUCCUUCCAUUCAAGUUUGAGAGUUGAGAAGAGACGUCUGUUACUCUCUUUCUCUCAGAAUUCAUGGGCUCUGCAGGUUCAAGGCCGUCUGGAUCGAGGGUUCCAUCGGAGGAUCAUUGGUCAGUUCUCUCACCACACAGUCCUCCACCUGAACGCCAUGGUUUCUGGGCCAAAGGUCGUCGAGGGACGCGGAAAGGAGACUACUGCUGCAAGUAUAAUCCGGAUCAGGUCCCUGGUCUACUUGGUUUCUUCGAUCUCCAUCCAAAUUUCAUAAUUGGUAUCGAUUUUACAAAGAGCAAUGAAUGGAAAGGAACAAUUUCAUUCGGAGCGAGCAGCCUGCAUCGCAUUGGGAACUCCACAAAUCCCUAUCAAGAAGCAAUACAGAUGGUUUCAACUACAAUUGGUGAAUUUCAUGAGGAAGAGAACAUCCCUUGUUUUGGAUUUGGAGAUGUAACGACUGGUGAUAAGCAUAUCUUCAGUUUCUACCCAGACCAGAGACAAUGUGUUGGAUUCGAUGAAGUCCAAAUGCGAUAUAGAGAAAUAGCUCUUUAUCUUCAACCAGCAGAGCCAACUUCCUUUGCCCCCAUCAUUGAAAUGGCUAUGAAAGUUGUUGAGGAAAGUGGUGGUCGGUACCAUGUUUUAUUAAUAUUUACAGAUGGCCAGGUGCCACAACAAAGCACACAGAAGGAAACAAUGGAUGCAAUUGUCGCUGCAAGUACAUACCCUUUGUUUAUCAUCUUAAUUGGAGUUGGAGAUGGGCCUUGGGAUAUGAUGAAGGAAUUUGCCAAGAAAGACCAAGAUCAAGCCCUCCAUAACAUCCAGUUUGUGAGUUUUACAGAAAUCAUGUCCGAAAAUAAAUGCAUUGAAAGAAAAAGAACGAAGUUUGCUGAAGCAGCAUUGAAGGAAAUACGUAAACAUCAUGGAAGCACAAUAAGAAGAGACAUAUUGGGUCACCCAAGUGGAGGAGCUCCAAAUAUAUCGCCUUUGCCCCCACCUCUUGGAAUUGAGGGACCAAGUCCAAAUGUGUUGUUGAAUGCAUCUUACAUUGAACAUGGAGCAGCAAGCAAUUCUUCUGAUGACCUGACUUGCUCCAUCUGCUGUGCCAAGGCAAUAGACGUCAUCUUUGAUUGUUGUGGGAAUCAGGCGUGUUCCGUCUGUCGAUCAAAACUGCAGUUAUGCCCAUUCUGUAGGCGCGAAAUUGGAGAUGGAAUAAGGCGCUAUGUCCAUCAGCAUGCGCCGAUGCUGUCUCAGGAAGUAUGCUGAUGCUGUUUGAGCGGGUGUUUCCUUUCUCCCUUGCUGUUGUGAAAGAGUAGUUUUGAUUUUUCUAAAAUUAGAAGUUGGUAUUGUUUAUAAGAAACCCAGGAAACCAAAAUAGAAAAACAAAGAAAAGAAAGAAAGCGAAAUUAUACGAGGGAUUAAGUGUGUAUAUCAGCACCAUGUAUGGUACUGUUGGUGUUUAAGUGUGUAUAUCAGCACCAUAUAUGCAUUUUGAAUUUAAAGGUCAAUUUUCUGUAUUA